CACAUCAAAAAGCCGAUAUAUAGCACAGAAUCAAAAUGGCGUUUGCGACAGCAGGGAGGUCGAUGAAGCUCUACUGGGGUUCCGGCAGCGCACCUUGCUGGCGCGUCAUGGCAGUGUUAGAGGAGAAAGGGCUCGGAAAAUACGAUAGCAAGCUGAUCUCCUUCGACAAGAACGAGACCAAAUCUGAGGAAAUCAUGAAAUUGAACCCACGUGGUGAGGUGCCAACAUUUGUUAUAGGGGAAAUCGUCAUCAAUGAAUCGCUGGCAACCUGUUUGUACCUCGAGGACACGUACAAGUCGUCAGGUGUGCAGCUUAUUCCCAGCGAUUGCCCCAAAAAGGCCCAGGUGCUGCAAAGAACUUUUGAGGCCCCGGGGUUCAUGAAGAAAGGACUUGAGGACCUGGGUUAUCUGUACAUGGAGGGCGACGUUAAUGAGGAAGAAAUGAAAGAGAAAAAGACAUCACUGAAAGCUGAACUGGCUCUGUGGGAAGGUUAUCUGAAGGCAGCAGGAGGUGACUAUUUGACUGGCCAGGACUUCACAAUGGCUGACUGCAUCUUCUUCCCCGUCUUAGCCGUUAUGGUGCGUCUCGGCCUUGCACUGCGUCCGACCUUCCCGGAGCUGGGGAAGUAUUAUGAAACGGUCAGCAAGCGACCUUCCAUUAUGAAAACGUGGCCGCCACACUGGAAGGGAACGGAGGGAAAAAAGUGGCUGAAUAAUGUGUGCUGAAGUGAAGGAUAACAACAGACCAUUGCAAACAAAAAUGGUCAUUUUUGGUGCUAUUGUCAACACAAUAGUAACUUUUGUGAGACCUUAAAAUGGACGCAAAGGCGCUUCUUAGAUUGUUGUAUCUAUUUUAUCGAAAUGAUCUAACCAAGUCCCAUAGCGGACGCCAUAUUGGAUUAGCAGCCAUAUUAGAUUUUAAUCCAGCGUUAAAGACUAAUAAUACAUUAUGCUUCAGUAUCACAGACACACUGUUUUCUGCUAGUAAAUCACGUCUAAAAAGUAAUGAAAGCAUACGUUCUCCAUUUGGCAUGCUUGUUGCAGCCAUUUUGAGAAAAGGGUCGCUGAAUCGCUAGGUACUGGCGCUACUAACAAUCUUUUCAGCAAUCUGGCCAAGAUUCUUGCUAAUUGAAUUGUUAUGAAAUGUAUUGCAGGAGGUCAUAUAUAAUAAAAUCUAUAUCU